GCAGGCGCCGCUCUCUCUCUCUCCCGGCCGUCCGCGUGGAGACGCUUCCUCGGCUGAACAUCGAUCGCGGCGACUCUCGGCCCUUCCAGCAUUUGACAAUGAAGGAAGAAAUUCAGCGACUGCUGGUGCAGUUCAAGGACGAGGGUGGGGCGGUCCUGGGGUCACCUUUCGAUGUCCCCAUUGACAUAACACCGGACAAACUGCAGCUUGUGUGCAAUGUUCUGCUGCCCAAGGAUGAUCCAUUGCCUUUGGCAUUUUACGUGAAUGAGUCUGAAAUAGUCACCUCGCUGGAGAAGACACUGCAAGAUCAGCAAGUGGAGACAGAAAAGGUUAUUGACAUAAUUUAUCAGCCUCAAGCAGUGUUUCGGGUUCGGGCAGUGACACGAUGCACAAGUUCUUUGGAAGGACAUACUGAAGCUGUCAUUUCUGUGGCUUUUAGCCCCUCCGGAAGGUAUCUAGCAAGUGGAUCAGGAGACACCACGGUGCGGUUCUGGGAUCUGACGACAGAAACUCCACAUUUCACAGCCAAAGGUCACAAGCACUGGGUAUUGAGCAUAGCUUGGUCUCCUGAUGGUAAAAAGCUGGCAUCUGGGUGCAAGAACAGUCAGAUAUUCAUAUGGGACCCCAGCACAGGGAAACAAAUCGGGAAGGUUUUGACUGGACAUUCCAAGUGGAUCACGUAUCUCUGCUGGGAGCCACUACAUUUGAAUCCGCAGUGUCGUUACCUUGCUAGUGCAUCAAAGGACGGCAGUAUUCGGAUAUGGGACACACUGCUGGGACGUAGUGAUAAAAUCCUGACUAGCCACACUCAGUCAGUAACCUGUGUAAAAUGGGGUGGUGAUGGUCUCCUCUACUCUUCGUCACAAGACAGGACUAUAAAGGUGUGGCGGGCUGAAGAUGGGGUCAUGUGUAGAACGCUGCAGGGCCAUGCACAUUGGGUAAAUACAAUGGCACUCAGUACAGACUACGUCCUGCGAACUGGAGCGUUUGAACCAGCUGAAGCGACCAUCGUUCACCGGGACAGGAACGAAACUUUGGAAGAACUGAAGCACAAAGCUUUACAAAGAUACGAGCAAACAAGGGGACAGGGGCAGGAACGGCUGGUUUCAGGCUCCGAUGACUUCACACUUUUCCUCUGGAAGCCGGCAGAGGACAAGAAGCCCUUGGCCCGAAUGACGGGCCACCAAGCUCUAAUAAACGAAGUUUGCUUCUCCCCCGACACCAGGCUCAUUGCCAGCGCAUCGUUCGACAAGUCGGUGAAACUGUGGGACGGCAAGACUGGCAAAUACCUGGCGUCCCUUCGAGGUCACGUGUCGGCUGUCUACCAGAUAGCGUGGUCGGCUGACAGUCGAUUGCUGGCAAGCGGAAGCAGUGACAGCACGUUGAAAGUGUGGGAUGUGAAGGCACAGAAGCUGUCCGUGGACCUACCUGGUCAUGCAGAUGAGGUUUACGCUGUUGAUUGGAGUCCUGAUGGGCAAAGGGUGGCGAGUGGUGGAAAAGACAAAGUGUUGAGAAUCUGGCGGUGGUGAUGGUGUUUCACAGGUCCACCAUUUUGACUUUUGCCUGGAUUUCUACUCGGGCAGACCGUGACUUGUGGCAUUCUUCAGUGAAGGAUUUGGGUAACGGAACUCGCAGUGACUGAAUAAACCAAAGUUCAUUCUUAAUCACGUGGGACUGCAGGUGUUUUGCUAACAUCUUUGUGGAGACAGGGAGGAGGAGACCUGUCAUUGCACAAUUUCAUCCACGCACUGUCGGCACUGUGACACAACUGGUAGAACUGCUCCCUCACAGCUCUAGUAACUCCCUGUGACUGCGUGGGUUUCCUUCGGGUGCCCCGGUUUCCUCCCACGUCCCUUGUGGAAUGGUAGUUAAUUGGCCUCUGUAAGUUGCCCCUAGUGUGUAGGGAGUGAAAGAGAAGUGGGAUAACAGAACUUGUGUGAUCGAUGGUCGGGAUGGAUUCGGUGGGCUGAAUGGCCUGUCUCCAUGCUGUAUCUUUCAAUUCAAAUUCAAUUCACUGCUUUAUCCCCGGCAUCAGGUCAGUGUCCAAACACUUGAAGUGAGAACUUCUCUACAAUGUAACUACAUGGAAAUUUCAUUACAGAUAGAAAUGUAAGAAGUGGCCAAUUAGAUACAUACUCAGCAAAUCAAUAAAUGACGAUAUUUCAAAACAGUGUCCAUGCCAUUGUAGGCCUGAGGCCCAAGGCAAGCUGAAGCUGCACGGAUUUAACUGCGGUGACUCACGACAAAUUUCUCUGUUGCAUCUCACCAACCUCUCUGCCCGCCCUACAUAAUAUCAUCUAACCACAAAUGCGUUUCAACAGAACAGUCAUGAGAAGAUCGCCUGUGCAUGUCCUGGCGUAAGUUCAGGCUGAAUUCAAAUUCAAAGGGUGGCACAGUGGUAGAGUUGCUGCCUUACAGUGCCAGAGACCCGGGUUCGAUCCGGAAUUCGGUUGCUGUCUGUACUGAGUAUAUAUGUUCUCCCUGUGACCUACAUAGGUUUUUUCCGAGAUCUCACAUUUCCCCCCACACUCCAGAGACGUACAGGUUUGUAGACUAAUUGGGUUGGUAUAAUUGUAAAUUGUCCCUAGUGCCUAUAGGGUAGUGUCAGUGUGCGGGGAGGACUGGUCAGCACAGACUUGGUAGACCAUAGGCCCUAUUUCCUCGCUGUAUCUCUAAAACUAGAAACUAACACUAAAUGACAGAAGGACAACAAUUGAAUGUGUCUGUUGUGUUAAGUUAUGGAUAUCAUGCUGGAGUUGUUUCUACCUCACUGCUGCCAAUGUUCACCUAGUUAUGUCCAGGCAAUGAGGAGGUGUUGUUUUGACUGGUCACAAUGGGCUGGCGCAGUUGAAGAAGCCUCGGCUCAGAUGAUCCGAUUUGGAUCCUGACCUUGAGUGCUCUCAGUAUGGAGACGGCAUGGAAUUCCUCCCACAGCUCAAAGAUGUUUUGGGUGGUAUGUUUAUUGGUUACUGUGAAUUAUCCUGAGUGUAAAAUGGAAGCAAGAGGAUGGCUGGUGGUGAGGGUUAGUUGUUAAGAAAAUUGGCAGAUCGUAGAUCGAUGCUUGACGGUUGACUUGGGCUAAAAGGCAUGUUAGCAUGCAGUAUGAUUCAUUGUUUCUGAGACAUACACAUUUGAUGUGCCAGCGAUAAAGUUAAAAGAGACUGAUCACGAGACGUUCUAAGCUUGGGUUGAACCAAUUCCACAGGAAGGAUACGCUCCAAACGAAGAAAGAAGAGCAAGAAAUGAAAAUAAGGAAAUUAUUUCUUAUGUUUGGGGAUCCCAGUAUUAUACAGGCUGCGCAAGGAAUGACAAGAGUUUCAUUAGUCUUUUCCUGCUUUAAACUAGCUCUGAAUUUCACAUUUUUCAUUUUAAAGUGCUGUCUGUAAAGUAUUUUGGAGGAUAACUGUAGAUCAAGGAGUGAAAAGAGAGAAAGGCAGAAGUUUGCGAGGUCAUAUCUUGAUGAUGUAUCUCAGUGUUUACUUUGAUUAAAUGGUACAAUGGUA